AUGUCGUACUGGUUUAGAAGUCGUUGCCGAAGCGGCGAAACCAACCGUUCGAGAACGCUUCUGACCCUCCCCUUUGCCACGGCGGCCUUGUCCAACGGCAGCCAGCGCCCACGUUCUUCUUACCGCCUUGGCCUAGCCAACCGCCGCGGAUUUCUUCCCUUUCCUUUUCCAAGUUUCUUCCUUGCUGUCUCCGAACGCCAUGCCCCUUGCGCUUAUUGUGGGAACCAACUGAUUUCGCGAUUUCCCUUCAAAUGUUCACAAGUCUUAUCGCUUUUGUUCGCAGGAAGGCGAGGCCGGAAGAACGCCUAG